AUGGCGACCACAGCGUCUAACCACUACAGCCUGCUCACCUCCAGCUCGCCCAUGGUGCACGCCGAGCCGCCGGGGAGCAUGCAGCCGGGCGCCGGCUACAGGGACGCCCAGGCGCUGGUGCAGGCGGACUACGCGCUGCAGAGCAACGGGCACCCGCUCAGCCACGCUCACCAGUGGAUCACGGCGCUGUCCCACGGAGGCGGCGGCGGAGGCGGCGGAGGGGGCGGCGGCGGCGGCGGCGGCGGAGGGGCGCCGCCGCCGCCGCACCACCCGGACCACCUCCCCCAGCCGCCGCCGCCGCCGCACCAGCACGGCGGCCCGCAGCACCCGCACCACCCGCACCACCACCACGAGGCGCACUCGGACGAGGACACGCCGACCUCGGACGACCUGGAGCAGUUCGCCAAGCAGUUCAAGCAGCGGCGGAUCAAACUGGGAUUUACCCAAGCGGACGUGGGCUUGGCCCUGGGCACGCUCUACGGCAACGUCUUCUCGCAGACGACCAUCUGCCGCUUCGAGGCCCUGCAGCUGAGCUUCAAGAACAUGUGCAAGUUGAAGCCUUUGUUGAACAAGUGGCUCGAGGAGGCGGACUCGUCGUCGGGCAGCCCCACCAGCAUAGACAAGAUCGCGGCGCAAGGGCGCAAGCGGAAAAAGCGCACCUCCAUCGAGGUGAGCGUCAAGGGCGCCCUCGAGAGCCAUUUCCUCAAGUGCCCCAAGCCCUCCGCCCAGGAGAUCACCUCGCUGGCGGACAGCCUCCAGCUCGAGAAAGAGGUGGUCCGCGUGUGGUUUUGUAACAGGAGACAGAAAGAGAAACGCAUGACUCCCCCGGGAGGGACUCUGCCGGGAGCCGAGGACGUGUAUGGGGCCAGCAGGGACACGCCGCCGCCGCCGCACCACGGGGAACAAGACUGGGGAGAUGCUCUUCCCCUCCCUUCAAAUCACCCCCUGACAACGUUGCUUCAAAGCUGCCUUUAA